CUAGCAGACAUGCACAGUUUAUCAUUUCGGGUGUUUUGAUUUUGUUCAGAAUUCUUGGUCUUCUUCCAGGAAAGUUAUGUCCCUGGGGCCAGAAGUCGCUUCCUCGAGAACUCCCAAGUACUGCUACUUUUUCAAGACCCUGCUGGUGGAGGAACUUGAGCUGGAAACCUCCUAUCACAACCUGCAUUACGGGCAGUGCGCAGUAAUUGGACGGCUAGCGUUCAAGUCGAAUCAAUACCGGCUGGAAAACGUGCGCGUUAAGUGUCUGCCAAAGAAGUACUCCUUGGACGAGGGCACCAUAUCCGUGCUUAUUCUGGGUCUUACCCAUGACAAAAUCGUCAAACAGCGCGUGAGUGCCGGCCGCUAUUGCAUUGUGCGCGGUGAAGUGGUGCUUCAUAAUGUGCAGAAUCCCAAAGGUCCCAAGCUGACCGCCGGCGGAGUAUACGACAAGAUCAACAGCCUGUCCAACAAUCCGUUGGCCCAAGCACAGUAUCUCACCGCCCUACGUGCCACCUACAGACCGGCCAUCGAUUUGUGGUACAUCCAGGUGAUCGACAGAGCCGAGGACUUUCUGACUCGCCGUCUGGAGAUGAGAAGUCUGACCGAGAAAUGA